GUUAACGUUUGGGAGAAGUCGCAACAGAUAUUACGGAUUAUUUGUAGUGAGCUAAACCCAGCUUCACUUUGAAUUCAGACGACAUACAAAAUACCAAAAUUAUACAGAAAAAAACAGGUGUGGACGGCUCAAGUUUCUCAAGAUCUAUAUGAUACAAAUAAUACCUCAAAGACAUCCAAUAAAGUCAUGGAAGGACAAAGAAAAGGCAGCGUCUAUCAAGCACAACAUGGUGUAGCUGGUAAGAGAAAAGAUGGAGUUGACCAGCCGUUUCCAAACAAACCUGUUAGCCACAGAAGACCUCUCAACCCAGAGAAACAAGACUCACUUGAUCUGGAAGAUUUUGAAAAAAUAAUUCUGACAGAACAACCAAGAGGCCCUUCGUUUCCCCCAAAAUACCAUUCAGAUGGCAUCGGAAAAACCACUGGAUCGCGGCAAACAAGGAAAGACUCGCACAUAGAGACCAGUGGAGAACUGAAAAUGGCCAGAGCAAUUCAUGAAAAAGAGCUAAUGCUACAGGAGAAGCUGUGGAGCGUUGAGGAAAAAGUAAGACAGAAAUACCAGAGAUACGCUGCUGCACAUGAGGACCCCAAGAGUAGGGAACAGAGGAACAGCAGGGGACAAGCAGAGAGGGGAAAAGUUCAGACAAAAGGUGGGCUGUUUGAGCAGCAGAGGAGAGAACCAGUGGAAAGAGAAAUUAUGUGGCAAGAUAGAAGACAGGAGGAUGUUAAACAACUCAGGAGGAUGCCAGAUCAGAGGAUCGAUGACAGAAUAAGUAUAAAACAUGAAGAAGAAAGGGCCAGAUGGGAAAAAGAAGUUGCACAGUCACAAAGAAAAAGUCAUAAAGGAACUCAUCAGACCACAGUUCAUGAGCAAGAAGUGAGUGGAGAGUUUAUCAAGUCAACUAGGGGAAAUGUGAAGGAGCAUACCGGAAGCAAAAGAGGGGAGGAAAAAGGUGAAGCCAUUUGGGGAAAGACUGGUGUCAGGUCUCAGGAUGGAGCAGUAAAAACAAAAGAAAGAGCAGAUACAGAUUGGUCAAGAGAAAGGAAAUAUAAGGAACUGUAUCUCUCUGAAGAUGAACGAGAUAUGCCUCAUCAAAGUAGUCAACACAUAACUUCUCAUAAGGCUGCAACAGGAAACAGCAGAGGUGCAGAAAGAAAAGUGUCUGAGGGACAACUGCUUCCACCAGUUUCUCAUCCCUCUCAUUCCAGCAGACCAGAGCAAGGGGAGCUCAGACAGGAAGAGAGCACAGACACCAGCCUCCGACAAGUCCCUUGCAGCAUCUGCAACAGAAUGUUUGCAGGUGAAAGAUUACAGAAGCAUCUCGAAAUCUGUACUAAGCUGAAACAAUCGAAGCGUACAGUCUUCAACAUCUACGUACACAGGACUAAGGGAUCCGCCAUAGAGGAGUACUGGAAAACCCACACAAAGAUUCCAGAGGUUUUGAAGAAAAAAACCAUUCGGCAUCCCCACAAGACAAACAUAAGUAAUCUGGAGGACAGUCGACUCCCAACUGGAACUUCCAAACCAAAAUGGACAAAGUGAGCCGAGACUUUAACCAGUUAAGCCCGAAGGUCCCCCCAGUGGACCCCUCCCACAGUUUUUUUUUUCUCACAUGUCUCAGGGCUUCUUAACAUUUAUGAAACUAUUAAUGUUUCAUACC